AUGUCUCUAAUUCAGAAGCUCAAAGCAUAUCUUGAUGAUGCCUUCAAGAUAAAAGAUUUAGGUGAAUUAGGUUAUUUCCUUGGGAUUGAAGCACGAAGGAAUGAGGCUGGUCUGAAUCUAUGCCAGCGUAAAUAUGCUCUAGACAUUUUAACAGAAACAGGCUUCCUUGAGUGCAAGCCUGCAUCCUCCCCUAUGGUACCUGGUCUUCGCUUAUAUCACGGGGAUGGCGAGCUGCUUACUGACAUCGGCUCCUACAGAAGACUUGUUAGCCGCCUUCUAUAUCUCACGGCCACAAGGCCGGACAUUGCAUACGUCGUACAACAAUUGAGUCAAUUUGUAGACGCUCCUACUAACAAACAUAUCAGUGCUGCUCACCAUGUUCUGCGAUGCAUCAAACGAGCACCCGGCCAAGGGAUAUUCUAUCCAAAAGGUGAAGCUUUGCAGCUCAAUAUGUUUUCAGAUUCCGACUGGGCAACAUGUUCGGAAACUCGUCGCUCCAUCACUGGAUUCUGCAUAUUUUUCGGCGAUGCCCUGAUUUCUUGGAAAUCUAAGAAGCAAACGACGGUUUCCAGGUCAUCUUCCCAGGCCGAAUAUAGGGUGUUAGUGUUGAGAAACCUCAAGGACUAG